AGCCGACUGGACAAUGCAAAGCGAGAGAAAAUGCGCCAUCUUCGGUGUCUAUGCUUCGUCCGACCUUCACCCGAGUCUAUACAGAGCUUAGAUCGAGGAGCUCAGGGACCCCAAAUAUGGCGAAUACAACAUCUACUUCAGCAACAUCAUCAAAAAGUCCUCCCUCGAAAGGCUAGCGGAAGCAGAUGACCAUGAAGUCGUGCGCGCAAUCCAUGAGUACUUCGCCGAUUUCCUCGUCAUUAACCCCGACCUCAUGUCGCUCAACCUCAGCUACCCAAACCACCGGAUAUGGAGCACGAGUCCAGAUGCCUGGAACCAGGACUCAUUGCACAGAUCAACAGAAGCCGUCAUGGCACUACUCCUUGCGCUGAAGAAGAAGCCUUUGAUACGGUAUCAGAAGAACAGCUUGCUAGUGAAGAAGUUGGCAACUGAGGUGCGGUACCAUAUGACUCAGGAAGACCAGCUUUUCGACUUCCGGAAGACGGACACGCCGCCGAUUCUAUUGAUCGUGGACCGAAGAGACGACCCUGUCACACCCCUGUUGACACAGUGGACAUACCAGGCAAUGGUGCACGAGCUGCUGGAGUCGACCUGCGCGACGUGCCUGAGUAUCCGACCCGAGCUCAAAGAAAUCGUCCUCUCGCAAGAUCAAGACCCAUUUUUCAAGAAGAACAUGUACCUCAACUUUGGUGAUCUCGGUCAAAAUGCCAAAGAAUAUGUGGAACAAUUCGCGUCAAAACAGCAGGGCACACAAAAGCUGGACUCGAUAGCCGACAUGAAGCGCUUCAUCGAAGAUUUCCCCGAGUUCCGCAAGCUUUCCGGCAAUGUAACGAAGCACGUCACGCUUGUUGGCGAGCUGAGCAGACGGGUUGGCCAAGAAACCCUGCUUGACAUCAGUGAGCUUGAGCAAAGUCUGGCAUGCACAGAUAACCACUCCAACGAUGUCAAGUCAUUACAGAGAGUUAUCCAAGACCCAAAGGUCCCAGCUAAUAACAAGCUGAGGCUGGUUGCAAUCUACGCCUUGCGAUACUCAAAAACUUCCUCAAACUCCACUGCCAUGCUUCUCGACUUGCUUGCUGUCGCAGGUGGACUCUCGCGUAAUCGCAUUAACCUUAUCACGAAGCUUUUGGCAUACCACGACUCAUUACAAACGAUCACAGCAGCAGGAGGUGUGCCAGACUUGUUCCAGCCUGGCUCUUUCUUCGGCGGCGCACGCGAUCGACUAAAGGGUCUGAAGGGUGUCGAAAACGUCUAUACACAGCAUUCACCGCGCCUGGAAGCCACGUUGCAAGACAUGAUCAAGGGACGGCUGAGCCAACAAUUGUAUCCUUUUGUUGAAGGCGGCGGAUCCACAAAGGACAAGCCCCAGGAUAUUAUCGUUUUCAUGGUUGGAGGAUCAACAUACGAGGAGGCAAAAAUGGUUGCGCAGGUCAAUGCAAGUUCGCCAGGCAUCCGAGUCGUGCUCGGCGGUACCACGGUGCACAAUAGCACUUCGUUCUUGGAGGAGGUGGAAGACGCGGUAGACUCAUGGCCUGAGCCACCUCCCGCUUCAGCUGCGGCUCGCUUGAGGAGAGAGGUUGGACGGUGAUGAGGGCAUGUCACAGUAUUGUUUUGUUAAUCUUAGCGACAAUCUUACCGACUUUGAAGGAACUU